UUUAUUGACUGAGGACGCCAUUACUGUCUAAAACCAGAGUCACAAGUUUAAAUAUGGACCCCCGUACCAGUGCCCAGGACGUGAUGCGAUGUGACCUGUGUGAAACCGCUGUGGUACAGAUGCACUGUGAUACAUGUCUUGUCAACCUGUGUAAGGCCUGUGUGGGAGAACACUUCUCUGCUGAUCUCUCAAAACCUCACGCUAUUGUUGAUUUCAAUGACAGAAAAUCCACUCCUUUAUACCCUGGGUGUAAAUUUCAUAACAAACAACAAUGUACAAUGUACUGUAAUCAAUGUGGCAUUUCUGUGUGUACAAAGUGUUUAGCAUCUGAUCAACAUCUGGGUCAUAAGUUAUCAGAAAUCUUACAAGUUGUGGAUGAGAAAAAAGAAAAGAUUCUCAAAGAACAAACUGAGCUAAAUGAAAUAAUUUAUCCCACCUAUCAGGACAUUGCCUCUGAUGUACAAAACAGAAUGAGUCAGUUAGAAAAGGAAUAUGGAGAUCUCUCAACAGCCAUAACAAAACAUGGAGAGGACUGGCACAGAGAAAUUGACAAACUUGUCCAGAAACUUAAAGCUGAAGUUGAUGAGAUGAAAAACACACAGUUACAAACUCUACAGAAACAUCUGGAUGAAAUAAACAAGACAAUGUCUGACAUCAAGGAUGAAAUUCAUUCAAUUGAUCUUACUGAGGAUUCUAAUAACAUUUCAAAACUGUUUAGUAUUACAAUCAAUGUAGAGAGAUAUAGAAAUCUUCCACAGAAAAUUCUGCCAUCUUUACCUAAAUUUGUUCCAGGCAGAAUUAAUGAAGAACUUGGUAAAAUAUUUGGAACUUUGUCGCCAAGUACUCUUACUUUAGAUAAACAUGGUUACAGCAUGAAGACAAUACAGAAAUCACCAGAAGCUGGAUCCUCUCCUCCAGUCAAACAGCUGCUUGAUGAACCAGAGACUGUCACCACCAUAGACAUUGGGUAUGUCUACCUUUACAAUGUAACCUGUCUGAGUGAUGAAGAAAUCUGGACAAGUGGAGAUGGCAAAACCAUGAAACUCUACAGCAUCAAUCAGGGAUCACUACUCAAGUCAAUCACAACCAAGUCAGGGAAUUCACCAUAUGACAUAGCAGUGACAAAAAUUGGAGAUCUAGUUUAUAUUGAUAACAGUGAUAGAACUUUGAACAUUGUGAAGAAUGCGAAGAUAGAGGAGGUGAUCAGACUACAGAACUGGAAACCUCAAGGUGUCUGUAGUACCUCCUCUGGUGACCUCCUGGUUAUCAUGUAUAGCAAUGAUAACAUACAAACAAAAGUUGUCCGUUACUCUGGCUCCACAGAGAAACAAACCAUUCAGUUUGAUGAUCAAGGUAAACCUCUCUAUUCAUCUGGAGGUAAUUUCAAAUACAUAACAGAAAACAAGAACCUGGAUAUCUGUGUGUCUGACAAUAUAGCUAGAGCAAUAGUGGUGGUCAAUCAGGCCGGGAAACUGAGAUUCAGGUACACUGGACAUACUCCUGCUCAAAAGAACAAACCAUUCAGUCCACGAGGAAUCACCACAGACAGUCAGAGUCACAUCCUUACAGCUGAUGAUUACAAUGACUGUGUCCACAUCAUAGACCAGGAAGGACAGUUCCUUCGUUACAUAGACUGUGGACUGAGUGUACCCCGGGGACUGUGUACAGAUACAAAUGACAAUCUGUUUGUUGCUCAAUUCAGGAAACAAGAAGUGAAGAAAAUCAAAUAUCUCCAGUGAAACCCUACUCCUACUAAAUACAAGUAAAAUACUAGUAGGUGCAUUUAAAAUUC